AUGGUGCUCUCUUUAGAUGGAGGAGGGGUUAGAGGCCUUUCCUCUCUCUACAUCCUUCGGGAAAUCAUGAAAAGGGUCAAGGAGCUCGACGACAAUGCACAGCCUAACGACCGCAUUGAGCCCAACGUGGGAGUGCCUUUCCCAUGUGACUACUUUGACUUCAUAGUUGGGACCAGCACCGGAGGACUGAUCGCUGUCAUGCUUGGACGACUUCGAAUGAGUAUCGACGACUGCAUCAAACAAUACUGGCUUCUGAGCAACAAAAUAUUCCGACCGCCCCGAACCAGGGUACCAUUCCAGGUAUAUUCCAGGCGCACCCUACAAGAGGCAACCCAGAAUGUUGUCCAGAACUUUUGCCGUUGCCACGGUGCAGUGGGUGAGAGCUGCAUGGGUGAAGAAUACCUACGCCAAUAUGACUAUGGUGAAGCAACGGAUGGCCUGGAUCUCGAUCGUACCAAUAAGACUUGCAGAGUAGCUGUAGUCACUGUGCGUGAAGGCGGUCGCACUACUUCUCGAGGGCAACAGGCCAACGUCAAGGUUCUCUUCCGGUCCUACAAUCAUCGACGGCGGGAAUACCGUCCAGACUUCAUUGAAUUGGAGCCGAAUCCAAAGGACCUUGAGAGUUCGACCCUGAUGAUUGACGAGGCCUGUUCUGCCACAACAGCCGCGCCAACCUACUUUCGCACUGUCGAAAUCAGGGGAAGGAAGUACAUGGACGGCGGACUUCUUGCAAACAACCCUGCUGUCGAAGCGUGGAACGAAGCGAAGCAGAUGGCAGUGGCUCCGGGACAGCCUAUGACUGUCCUUGCAAAUCUUCUGGUCAGCGUUGGGACCGGGAGGAAGAAGGAGUUCUCCGGAUCUAACUACCUGUCAUUAGCUCGGGUCGGGCUGCGAAAAAUCACAGACACCGAUGGUCCACACCAAAGAAUGCUCGACCUUGUGGGUCAAGACGGAUGGCGUUACCACCGGUUCAGUGUCCCUUGGCGCAUUCACAGUUCAACUCACAAGGGGCUUGCCAAGAUCAAGUUGGACCAGUGCAAAAAGAAGAAAAAGCAGCAAAGCGGAAAUAAACAGCAGGAUCUCCAGCAACAAAACGGCUUCGAGCAGAAUGCACAGCAACAAAACGGCCUACAGCAGAAUGCCCAACAGCAGAAUGCCAUCGUAAACCAGGCGGAAGUGGAAGACAGGCCGCUUCGAGCAGCUGCCUGUAAUGCAGAACCCCGCCGAAGGGAUGGCUACAAGCCUGACAAGUACGACUACAUAACUUUUGACAAACUCCGCGAUCGGAGUAUGAGUUACUGCAAUUCAGCUCAAGAUCGCCCAAAAAUCAACGAAUGCGCGUCGUUGUUACGAGAGUUCCAUUUUUAG